AUGUGUACACCGGUAAAUAUGAUUUUAACAGCAAUGGCAUGUUGUGAUACGGUAGUACUAUUUUCAAAUUUGGUAUACACAACACAUUAUACAUUCACAGCAUUUGCUAACUGUCAUCCGGAACAGUGGAGCUAUGGUUGGGCUAUAUUUCUUGUAUGCCAUGCACAUUUAUCACUUAUUGGCCAUUCGAGUAGCAUUUGGUUAUCAGAAUUUGAUGAUCCGAAGCAAUUGACGGCCGGAUCACGGGGAAUGGAUAGAAUAUAUUAUAUUAAUUUACGACAUUCAUAUAUGGCUAUAACAUUUGUUAUAUUAUUUGUAAUAUUAAUGAAUACGCCAAAUUUUCUUGCUUAUAAAAUUAUUAAAAUGAAACUUAGCGAAAUGUGUAACAUCACGGAUAUUGGCGAUCGUGAUACACUUGUUUACAUACCUGGCGUUUCUGAUUUAGCACUUGAAGCGCACUGCUUGGUAUUUAUUUAG